AGCUCAUAUUUCUUCAUCUUGCUUCUUUCCCAAAUCACCAAACCACCAAUAUAUAUCUCAAUCUUUUCAUCAUCAAGCUCCUUAAUUUUUCUUCAAUUACUCAACAUUAUCAUUAAGUUGUGAUCCCAUUCUUAAUGAAUUGAUUUGAGAGGGGGUUGACAAAAAAUUGAUUAAUCCUUAAUCAAGCUACCAAUAGAAAGAAUUUAGAAAUUAAAAGCAUAAAGAAGAGGAGCCAUGGAAAUAGAUAAAUAUUUUGUGAUUAAUGCUUGCUAUUGCUUUGUUUUUCUAAAAUUGAUGAUAGAAAAAGGUUAGAAGAGAAACAAUAUCUUGGUUCUUUGCAAUUGUUAACUUAUGAUUAAUAAUUGUUGAUUUAGUGUAAUUUUAAAGUUUAAUAAUUUUUUAACUAUUCUGUUUAAUAUAUACUUCAUUAUUUUUUUAUUGAGGUAGUCUCACCGUGAGAUAACUUUACUUGGGUUAGUCCAAAAUAUGUUUUAAAAAAUUGUUGUUUGUAUAAAUAGUUAUUCAAUUUUCAUUAUGUUUUUAUGAUUAAUAGACCUUUAGUAUAGAUCCGUCUCAUAAUGAAACAGUAUUAUCCAAGACGAGUUGUUAAUACUUUUAUUAUUUUAUGUAUUUGAAAAAUUUUCAACUUUUAGAGACCUCUAAUCCUUAUUUUCCUGAGAAUAUUUAAAAUGUUAAAAACCGUCUUAAUUAGACUUAAACGCUUCAUAAUGUUGAAUAAUUUGCAGACAUGUGAAUCAUCACUUUUACUUUUCAAAUGUUAAUUUUAAAGAUUUUUUUUUUGUUUUUUUGAUUUGAUGGUUGAUCGGAAAUUGACAAUAGGACAGGGACUCAAAUUAGCAUAAUAACCCAGUAGAUUAAUUAAGAUUUAAGAUUAGCUUGGGACUGUCUAGUGGUGUUGUACAGUGUGGGUGGUGGGGAGUUUGUUAAGCCAAACAGUCUAGCUGUACUACCCAUCUUCUCUUUCCUCCAUUUCCCUUUUUCUCACUCACUUUCUCUCUCCUUUUAUCGUGAAUUGCUGCCUCAAUUACUCUUUUUCUCUCUCUAAAAUCUUCCACAUUGUGUUCAUCUUCUACAAUCUCUACUCAGGCUACGCUACUCCUUCUAAUCAAAUUCUUGGGAAACUAUUUGUCGUCGCCGUAAUUGAUUCCCUUUUAAGACAAUUAUUAUCAAACGAUUUCAAUAUUUCCAUAUUGUCGCCAUUACAUUAAUCACUCAAACCUCAAUUAGGGUUUUACAUUCAGUGAAUAAAAUCUGCUGCUGGGUUUUACUUUUGUUUGCAUUAUUUUGGAGUUACCUGCAUUAUACGGUGUCCUUAUUCCCCACUUUCUUUAGAUUCUUGUCACUCGUCUAUUAUAAUCCUGUAUCGUUAUCUGUUUUAUUGCUUUUGGAAUUUCAGUGUACAGAAUCCUUAUGUUCUUCCGCCAUUUAGGUUUAUCUUUAACCCCAGGUGUUUGACAUGGUUAAUAGGUAUCAUUUGCAGAUUAUAAUAGCAAAUUAUUUGAGCAUCUGACAAAUUGUUGUGAGCUUUUAAUCUUUCUGCAUCAAUGGGGCUUCUACUUCGAAGUCUCAUGGUGCUUUUAUUAUUGUGGUCACCUUGCCUACUGAUUAUUGCGGCACAAAAACCUAUGCAUUCUGCUCGUGUUCUUGAUGCAAUCCUCCAAGAUUAUGCUUACAGGGCAUUUGUUCAUCCGAAAACUGGUGUUGUAUUUGAUGGGACAGUUCCUUCCAAUUUGACAGGGAUUAAGAUUUCAGGUAUGAGGCUGAGGAGUGGUAGCCUGAGGACUCAUGGUGUUCCAUCUUACAAGGAGUUUGAGAUUCCUACAGGUGUUAUUGUUCGGCCGUAUGUGAAGAGGCUUGUUUUGAUUUAUCAGAAUUUGGGUAACUGGUCUAAUCUGUACUACCCUUUGCCUGGGCAUACUUAUUUAUCUCCUAUUCUUGGAUUGCUUGCUUAUGAUGCUGUGAACUUAUCAGCUACCAAUUUAUCUAAUUUGGGUAUCAGGGCAUCGGUAAAUCCCAUUGAAAUUCACUUCUCAAAUGUUAAAUCUGUGCCAGAUGGGUCUGUGCCAAUGUGUGUUUGGUUUGAUCUCAAUGGUAAUGUCAAUUUCAGCAAUGAGUUAUCAAAGCAUACUUGUUCGACUACUCAACAGGGGCAUUUUGCCUUGGUGGUUGAGAGUCCUGCUCCUUCCCCUGCCCCUUCAGCUCCUACUCCAUCCCCAGGCUCUCAUAAGAAAAAGAAAAAGAAAAAUAUGAAGAAGGUCUGGAUAAUUGUAGGAUCAGUGAUGGGUGGAGUCUUGCUGCUGGUAUUAUCGGCAAUUUUGCUGGCAUGGUUGAGAAAAUGCCAGCAGAAGAAAAUGGAGCAUAUGGAGAAGGCUUCCGAGGUUGGUGAAACCCUAAGAAUGACUUCAGUAGGAAGUGCUAAAGCACCGGCAGCUACAGUAACAAGGACACAACCGAUUCUUGAGACUGAAUAUGCUCCUUAAACCCUUCCUUUUGCAAUUGUACAAGCUUUUCCCUCCUUCCAUUUACAUACAUAUAUCCCAAUUUCUGCAGUCACAUUCUUCUGAUUCCACACCUCUUUUUGGUUGGUGUUUCUUCCUCCUAGUCGUUACAUUCUAGAAUUGCUUGUUGGACAGGUUUCUGAUUCCAGUUUGAACAAUACAGAAAGUACUGGUGUAGAUAGCAUUUUGUUUAGAUUGCUAGACUUCCUCAUUAUCUCUUUAUUCGUUUGUGGUGUGCAUUUAAGGCAAAGCUAUUCUGUAUGAGACUCAAUUCGAUGUUUGACCGAUAAGGAAUAAGAUUCUUUGGUAUCAUUUUA